AUGGUCUCAGCGGUUGACAAGGGGAAGAGGCCAGUGGUUAGUCAGCCUAGCGCUCCACCUCCACAACAGCCACCUCAGAAGCAGCCCUUUCAGAUAAUUCCUCAGCAUACUAGAGAUCAUGCCAUCAUCCCUUUUAGAGAGAGAUUGGAAACACCUUAUCCAUUUAAAAGGGAUUCAGUUAAAAGGAUUUUCAAGAGUUUGUUAAAGAAGCCAGAUUUCCAGUUACCAGAGGAUAAGAGACCAGUGGAUGAAAGUAAGAAAGAGGAUCCUAAAUACUGCCCGUACCACCGAAUCCUCAGUCAUCCACUCGAGGAUUAUGUUGUGUUCAAAGAUUGGCUCGAGAGGACCUACAUUCAAGUUUUUGCGGCCCAAAAGCUGAGGCAUUACAUGCUUUUCCUUUCGAUCAGUUUGAUUUCUAAAGUUAAUCCUUUGGAGUAUCUUAUGACCCGACCGACAUUAUCAGGACGUUUGGCUCGUUGGUCUAUGAUACUACUCCAAUUUGAGAUUACUUUCAUCCCCCUCCGUGCUGUAAAAGGACAGGCCGUUGCCGACUUCCUGGAGGCACACCCGCUGCCGGCAGAUUCUCCUUUGAAUGAUGACUUACCAGAUGAACAAGUCAUGAGUUUGAGGAAAUCUGGAGAAGCCAUUUGGGAAUUAUAUUUUGAUGGUGUAGUGUCCUUUCGCCGGGAUGCAACCCAACAAUCUAUAAUCCCUAGAAAGGUACGGGUCGGCUUAAUUUUUAUAAUGCCGGAGAGAGGGAUGAUGCACUUUUUCUACCAUUUGUUGGAGCCUUGCAAGAAUAACGAGGCUGAAUAUGAAGCUAUGAUAAUCGAUUUGAAACUUGCAAUUUUGAUGGAGAUUAAAGCGAUUAAGAUCUUUGGUGACUCUCAAUUGGUAAUUAAUCAAGUUGCAGGAACCUAUAAGGUCUUGAAUCCUAAUCUUUCAAAAUACCACAAGUACACCCUUCACUUGCUCGAACAAAUUCUUACCAUGAUUCUGUAUAGGGUACCCCGUGGAAGCAAUUCUUCAGUAGAUGCCUUAGCAAAACUUGCAAAGGAAUUCACAUGCCAAGAGUAA